UGAAUGACCAGCAGCAGCUUCCCUCGCUACACAGCGGGAAAAACGAAAUUGGGUCUGCGGGUUGCGGGUUGCUCAGAGCGGGAUGUCGUACGCGCAGGGUCCCAAAACGCCAGGACUGCCAAGGGAAGUCGCGAGGUGGCUGCAGGGCCUCGAGCUGUCACUUCACCCGAGGAACGUGUGCAGAGAUUUUUCUAGUGGUUACCUCGUGGCAGAGAUAUUUUCUCGUUAUUACCCCCAAGAUUUUCUGGUGCAUUCAUAUGACAAAGGAACAUCACUUUCUGCCAGGCAGAGGAACUGGAGCCGGAUAGAGCGGUCUCUACAGAAGCGGAAUCUGCACUUGACGAAGGAGGCUGUCGAUGCAACCGUCCACUGUAAGCCAGGAGCAGCCGAGCUGUUGGUGCAGGAGGUUUACACUCUUUUAACUAACAGGAGUAUCAGGGAUGUUGAGGGCCCAGAGUCAGACUUCACCGACCAAGGGUACCAGGAGCUGCUGCCCACACUGGCCCGCUCCACGGCCUCCAGAGCCAUCAAGAACAACCUGAGGAUAACAGAGGUCAUGGCUAAGCCCGACAUCAGCACAAACCGGAGGAAGGCGGAGGUCAUCCUCCACAAGCACCUGGAGCGCAAAGCUGCGGAGAGGACUCUCAACCCCGCAGGAUGUUUUAAAGUGAAGCCUAAUCUGGCUCGAGUGGCAGCCAAAAAUCUUUUACCAUCCAGCCGGGGUGAUGAGUGCUUUGAAAGCCCUUCAUCUGCAGGCACCGCAUCAAAGUCUUGCUCCUUGUCAUCAUGCAGUGGAGCUGCUGUUUCCUUUAAGGGUAAAGGUGCGUCAGCCUGUGAGACGCUCCCUGGUUAACUAUUAA